UGUCUUUUUCUUCUUCGAUUCGAUGAAAUCUUCAGUUUCCAUCUUCGUCGGUGGUCUGAGAUAGCCAUAAACCAUAGUUUGAUUUUGGUGGUUGAAACGUAGCUGAAAUCCAAACCAUCUUCGUGCUUAGUUCUUGGUAGCUGAAAUGGUUUCUCGAUUCAACUGCUUAAUCCUCCUACCUCUGACUCGCCUCUCUCUUUCUCUUGGGUUCCACAGAUACGUCGGUGGAUCCUCAAAUACUUCCAUUUAGCGAGAGUGGCAAGAGAGCAAAGCCUUGAUAGUUUAAUAAAAAGAGACAAGGAGAGUUUGAUCAUGACCAGAAUGAUUGGUAGAAUUCCGGAAGUUAUUGGUCUAAUUCAGGUUAUCCACAAGCUUCCCUUUCAGCAUCAGGACUUCAAGAUUUGGGGAUUUUAAAGGAUUGGAAACAAGGAAGGCAAAGGGUUUUGUGUUGCUUUGGAGAAGGCAGUGAAGUGAGAAUUGCU